UUCGGGGCCUGGGAGGCGGCGGCGGCCGCGCGGAGCCCGGCGCUAUGAAGCUGAGCACGCAGGCCUACUGCAAGAUGGUGCUCCACGGCGCCAAGUACCCGCACUGCGCCGUCAACGGGCUGCUGGUGGCCGAGAGGCAGCCGCCGCCCCACCGCGGCCGCGAGCGGGAGCCGCCGCCCCACACGCUCUUCGUGGACUGCAUCCCGCUCUUCCACGGCAGCCUAGCCCUCGCCCCCAUGCUGGAGGUGGCGCUCAGCCUGAUUGAUUCUUGGUGCAGAGAGAACAGCUACGUAAUAGCCGGCUACUAUCAAGCAAACGAACGUGUGAAGGAUGCCAGUCCAAACCUGCUUGCCGAAAAGGUUGCCUCCAGGAUUGCAGAAAACUUCAGUGACACAGCCCUCAUAAUGGUGGAUAACACUAAAUUUACAAUGAAGUGCCUAAAACCAGCAGUUCACGUGUAUGAACACCAUGAAAAUAAAUGGCGAUGCAGAGAUCCGCAUGUUGAUUAUUGCGAAGAUUGGACUGAAGCCCAGAGGAUCUCUGAAUCCCUUUUGGACAGCCGGUCCUACGAAACACUAGUGGAUUUUGACAAUCACUUGGAUGACAUUCGGAAUGACUGGACAAACCCAGAGAUUAAUAAGGCUGUUUUACAUCUCUGUUAGGAGAAUUCCCACUGACUUGAUUUGCUGGGAUUUUCACUGUGCUGAAGAAAAAAAAGCAUUAAUUUUGAAAUGUAAAUAAGAGAGGUGAUGGUUCCUUCAGGUGAGUGAGACCCAUCACUUAGAAAAGGAUGUGUUGCUAUGCCAUCAAGUCUUUUUGAUAAGAAUCUUUGGGACAUCAACCAUAUUUUGGAGCCUUUUCUGUCGAUCGUCCUUCUGUCCUCAUCCUGAUGCAUUCUGGUUACUCUCCAGGGAGAAACUAGAUCUGCUUGUUCCAAAUUGUUCAUAUUAAAAAGUUUUGACUUAACUUUUCAUAUCCUUUAGAUACAAAUUUUUUUUAAAAAAAGAUUUAUGAAAUGUCUUUCAGAGAGCUAACUGCUAGUUUUAUUUUUAAAGAAACUGCAUCUAAAUGAAUAAUUGGACUUCACUUGGUCAGGUCAGUUUGGAAGCUGUUAUUCCAAGUGCUGAUUCCUGGACAUGGUUGCAAUUGAUGGAUAUAUUUAUUAUACAGGGAGAAAGCAACGUGAGAAACAGUAUAUCCCCAGAUGCUGCCAAGUUUCUUAGUUAUUCUGGGAAUGCUGCAAUUUUUCUGCCUGCCUCUCCAGUUCGAGUGUUAUGAGUCAAUUUGGGUUCCCCUUGGAACAGCAAGCCCCUUCUGUGGGUUCAGUAUGAAUGGAAUAGGCCAAACAGCCAAGUGAGUUAAUAAGUAAGUGUUUUUGUUCACCAACUAAGAGCAAAGUAGUUCUCUCUAUUCUUGUGUCUGGGGGAAAAAAACUCAUAAUUCCCUUGAUGUUUAAUUGUUGCGCAAACAUAGGAAGAGAACUUACAGCUGUGGAUUUCAGUUCCUGAAAUAAUUAGGAUGGAAUAGCCUGUGGCCCCAGCACCUGGGUUCCCCCUUCAGCAAAGGGACUCUGGCAGCUGCCUGGUUUUGAAAUCUGCUCUUCUAAUUUGCCAGUUCUGUUCAAAUCCUCCAAGCCACGGUGAGUUAUUCAGGUUUUCAGAGACCAGACUUUUCCCAGUUCAGAAAGAAUAGCCAGCUGUGGUGCAUCACGAAGCAAGAUGCAAACUUUUAAUCUUCUCACACAAAGGGGGAGGGUGUGCAGCCCCAUUCAGAAUUGCUGCACGCCAAGAACGCUUGCUCUGGGAAACCUCCCCAUCCAAUCUUCCAUCGAGGCGCUGGGUCCCCAGUGCAUAACCUCCAUAGCAUGCACGCACGUUGAUGGACGCAUCUCCUGUCUGACUUCUAGUGAAAGCAGGUGUUGAAGAAGAACACAACUGUUGAUCUUUCAUAGCUGGCAUUCCCGUUUGCUCCCAUGCUGUUUCCUUGCAAGCAAAUUUUAUAGCGUCUUAACGGUUUGGUUUCAUACUGGGCUGUUUUGAUCAGGCUUGUACCAUAAUGGUUUUGUGGUGUGAAGUGUAAAAGAGUCUUUAAACCGUUAGAACCUGUCACUUUGGGAUUUUUCCCCCCCUUUUAAUACAACAUUUAGCAGGGAUGGGUGCAUCUUCCCUGUGCUGUUUUAUAUGUCUGAUUUUCUUUGUUUCUUCCACCCUGGCUUAUCCUGUGUUAAUGCAUCCUUUUAUUUAUGGCAUAUUCUAUAUCAAAAAGUAACAGCUGGAGCUUUUAAGUUGCUUUCUUUCCCUUGUCACCUUGAAAAUAAAGCUGAUGAAACAAGA